GAGGAGCAUAUGGCACAGAAUACCACCAAGUUCAGGCCACUGGUCAGCCAGGUCAAGACCACAUUUGAUGAGAUUAUCAAUACCAUGGUAGCAAGUGUUGUGGCCAUUCCUAGAAUAGAACACAGGUUGUUCCAGCCUGUGGAAGAUCUAGAGACACACUAUCUGAGUACAGUGAAGCAGGAUGAAGAGAUCGUGGAAGAAGCCAAGGUCAGGAUCAGGAAAGUGGUGGACGCAAACUUCCAUGGACCUCAGAGGUUCAGCUACAAGGUGGUAUACGAGCCGUACAAGUAUCUGCUGUCCAAGGAGGCAGACAGACAGGUGGAGAAGUUCAUCAGUAAGGAGCGAGCUCUGCGGGAGUAUGUCAGGGAGAUAGAGAAGUUGAAAAAGAUGGCAUGGGAGGUUGGCUCCUUUCCUGUCUAUGUUCCCAUGCACCUGUUCCUGCUGGACUGCUCAGGGAUUAACCAG